AUGAGAUUUGUUUGUUUAUCCAUUUAUUUGGGGUGCAGAUUGAAAUCUAGUCUCUUGGAACGUUUUGCUAGUAACAAUAUUGUCGAAGUUUCAACUUGCUAUGAGGAUAUUCUGAAUAAAGAUCCAACAUGUAGCCAUUCAUUGGCAAGGCUUGCAAGCAUGCAUAAACAAGGGGAUUAUAGCUCUGAAAAACUGCUGGAAAUGAUAGCUCUGCAUUUAGAUGCUACAUAUGCAGAAUGCAACACAUGGAAAGAGUUUGCUUCUUGCUUCCUGAAGCUUUGUCAAUCUGAAGAAGAUCGAAUGUCGAUUUGCCUGGAUGGUAAUGAAGACGGACACAAGCAAAAGCACUCUUAUCAUUUCAAUGGUAUCCCUGGAAUGUUUACCAAUAGUGCAUUAGGAAGAUCGUGGAGGUUUCGUUGCAGGUGGUGGUUGACACGUCACUUCAGCCAUAGCAUACUUUCUUCAGAAAUCACAGCAGGUGACUUGCAGCUAUUAACUUACAACGCAGCUUCUGCAUCGAAGGGAGUUGGAAUAUGUUGUAACGGCUUCUGCUUGUUUGGAGGAGGAAAAUAAUAUGGAAAUGUUCUCAUUUUUAUAGAUGCACAUGUUGAACUCUCUUGGACUCUAUUAAAAUUUGACAACUUAGAGAGAGAGAGAGAGAGCACCUAACAACCAAAACGCUGGAUUAAUU